AGAUUCAGCCCACUGAGCGCAUGCAUGUCAAACUGGUUAAAAAGUAAUUUGGAUAAAAAUUAGCUCGUGCACCUCCAGAGGUCACCAGAGUUGAGCCGCUGUACAGUAACAGUUUCAUCCUCUAGAGGGCGUCAUCUGCGCACCAAUCAUAAAUCAACAGCCUUUGACAGACCUCCUCAGGUAAAUUCCAGAAACGACACCCAGGUGCAGACCUGUCAGAUCACAAGCUCACAUCUGUAAACAUUCAAAGACAUUAAAACUAAUUUACCAAUCAAUUCAGACAUGACAUUAGGCCAAAACGAGCCAAGUUUAUCUGAGUCGUGAUUAAUAUGCAAGCAUGGCUUCAUUUAAGGUCUCCUUGCGUAACUGAGAAGCGCAUUUCUCCCCUCUAGACGUCAAACAACGAAAUGAAUCCCAUCCAAAGAGCAGUAUAAUAUGCCAUAAUAAUAACUCGUCCUGUAGAGGGAGCGCAGUGGUGAAUCGAUAGGAGGGGCGAUCUCACAUCGGCCGGCAGUUGUUUCCAAAGGACACAGAAGAGAGGAGAAAGCAACAGUAUUCACAGGGAGGGCAGACAACACCGACCUGUGCGAUUAUUACGCUUCAUUUUUUUGGAAGAAAAACGCAGAGGAUUAUCUGUAAUACUUGUUUACUAUCAGACACGUACUUACGACAGCAAGGAUACUGUGUUUUGGGGUGUUAUUGUCGCUGUCUGAAGGGAGAGCGCAGAGCUUGAGUGGCGUUCUCCGGCGUUCAGCGGUGGAAGUGGGAAGCGCACGCCGCUGUUGAGCUGAUGCGCGCGGCCUGUCCCUCAGCAGCGGCCCGCCAUGGCGGAGACCAAGAUCAUCUAUCACCUCGACGAGCAGGAGACUCCCUACCUCAUCAAACUGCCCAUUCCCGCUGAAAACGUCACUCUAGCCGACUUCAAAAAUGUCCUUAAUAAACCCAACUACAAAUUCUUCUUCAAAUCCAUGGACGAUGAUUUCGGGGUGGUGAAAGAAGAGAUUUCUGAUGACAACGCCAAACUACCGUGUUUCAAUGGACGGGUCGUGUCAUGGCUGGUGUCUGCAGACGGCUCUCAUGGUUCUGAUGGCGGUUCUGUGUGCGCCGACACUCAGGCUGACCUGCAGCCUCCGCUGGAGAGAACUGGAGGCAUCGGAGACUCCAGACCCCCUUCCUUCCAUGCAAAUGCCGCAGGAAGUCAGGAUGACUUGGGCAAUGAUACAGAGCCAGAGGUGGGCCCAUCGCUAAGGAGAGAGCGGGAGAGAGAGAGAGAUCGAGACCGAGAGAGACCUCGAAGGAAAGACACACAUGACCAUGGAGGUCGGCUGAACGGUCACUCUCGAGCGGAGCGCCGGCCGGACAUCGCCGGAUAUGAGAGCUCAUCCACACUGAUGAGCAGCGAAUUGGACACCACCAGCUUCUUCGACUCAGAGGACGACGACUCCGCCAGCAGGUUCAGCAGCUCCACCGAGCAAAGCACAUCGUCCCGUCUCAUGAGACGCCAUCGCAGACGCAGACGGAAACCCAAAGCACCCAGGAUGGAGAGGUCCUCAUCGUUCAGCAGCAUUACUGACUCAACCAUGUCUUUGAACAUCAUCACUGUCACUUUAAACAUGGAGAAGUAUAAUUUUCUGGGCAUUAGUAUCGUCGGGCAGAGUAAUGAGAGGGGUGAUGGAGGAAUCUACAUCGGCUCCAUCAUGAAGGGUGGAGCGGUGGCUGCUGACGGACGCAUCGAGCCUGGGGACAUGCUUCUGCAGGUGAAUGACAUCAACUUUGAGAACAUGAGUAAUGAUGAUGCAGUGAGGGUCCUGCGAGAGAUUGUCCAUAAACCUGGACCGAUUACACUGACCGUAGCCAAAUGCUGGGAUCCAAACCCUCGUAGCUGUUUCACUCUUCCACGAAGUGAGCCGAUCCGUCCCAUAGACCCUGCAGCCUGGGUGUCCCACACGGCGGCGAUGACGGGGGCGUACCCAGUGUACGGUAUGAGCCCUUCCAUGAGCACAAUCACCUCCACCAGCUCCUCCAUCACAAGCUCCAUUCCAGAGACUGAGCGGUUCGAGGAUUUCCAUCUGUCUAUCCAUAGUGACAUGGCAGCAGUAGCCAAAGCGAUGGCAUCGCCAGAGUCGGGCCUGGAGGUGCGGGACAGAAUGUGGCUGAAGAUCACCAUCCCCAACGCCUUCAUAGGUUCGGAUGUGGUGGAUUGGCUGUAUCAUCGCGUUGAGGGUUUCACUGACCGGCGGGAGGCUCGCAAAUACGCCAGUAACCUGUUGAAAGCCGGCUACAUCCGCCACACCGUCAACAAGAUCACCUUCUCUGAGCAGUGCUAUUACAUCUUUGGAGACGUCUGUGGCAAUAUGGCGAGUCUCACCCUGCAUGAUCAUGACGGUUCUAGUGGAGCGUCUGACCAGGACACUCUUGCUCCGUUGCCCCAUCCUGGAGUGGCUCCCUGGCCACUCGCUUUCCCUUAUCAGUAUCCGAUUCCUCACCCAUACAAUCCCCAUCCAGUGCACGAGCCCGGCUACAGCUUCACUGCAGGCGGAGGCAGCGUCGGCAGCCCACACAGCGAAGGCAGUCGAAGCAGCGGCUCUAAUCGCAGCGGUACCAAAAACGACACCAACGCAGCGCCAGCAGCACCUGAGUCCGGAGGCCGAUCGGGGAGCGGCAGCGAGUCCGACAGAAGAGAGAAAGCUCCCAGCGAGUGCUCAGCAGCACCACCCAGCGAACACAGCGUGCGCAGCUCACACACCAUCCGCAGCAUCCACUCGCACACUUCCAACAUGGUGUGUGGAGCCGCAGGACUCCCUCCACAACCACCCGUGGCUGCAGCUCCCGGAUCUCCCCCAGAGCAGGACCUGUCCUCGGUGCCUCCCGAACUCACGGCCUCGCGACAAUCCUUCCGCAUGGCCAUGGGAAACCCUAGUGAGUUCUUCGUGGACGUCAUGUGACUCGGUUUAUAUGUGAAAUCAAGAACGACAGGGAGGACAAUGAGAUUGGUGUCCCUCCUGAUGUCCCUCCUGUGUCCUGUGGCUUGCACUUUCUUCAGUGAAGAAGACUGGAAGUGAUCACGUAUCCCAUCAUGCCCUUAGAGACUCGUGGUCUCUGGUAAAGGUGACUCUGGGAUGCGGGGACGAAGGCAACACUUGCUGGGUUUUGUGUACUUUUUAUGUACUUUACCUGCAUUUUUUAAAGUAUUUUUAUCCUCUGACUGGUUUAUUAAAGGGAUAGUUCACGCCAAAAUGACAUGUACUGAAUGCAAAAGAAGAUAUUUUGAAGAAAGCUGAAAGCACAUUGACAUCCAUAGUAGAAAAACAAAUACAAGAGAAGCCAAUGAAUACCAGAAGGGUUUUGCACAAAAGUAAGAAAAGGGAUUAAGCUGGGAUUUUGAGGCUAUCCUGGCUGAAUUUAGCCUUGAUUGCAUGAAAGCAGGCUAAAUUAAGCUUAAUUCAGUUAAUAUGGAGAUUACCUCUUUGCAGCUAGCCUGCUCCAGAGCAGGCUUACAACCAGGCUAAGAUUGAUUCUAGUGAUUUAUAUGUUAUUUUAGUUGUAAAUGCUUCAAGAAAUAAUGUGUUUUAAAGUCACUCCAUGCUCUUGACUUUUUAGAUAUAUUUUCCAACUAUUAGAAUUAAAAAUAAGUAUGUUUAAUUUUAUUAGCAAUCAUUUUACAUAUAAUCAUAGAUAUCCAUUUCAGAUUUAAAUAUAAAUAAUAAAUAAAUGAUUAGAGAAAAAAAAUACAUAGUUAAAGUCAGAAUUAUUAGCCCCCUG